UGAGAAGCUUGUGGAAAUCUACCCAAAAUGUUUGACCCAAGUUAAACAAUGUAAAGGCACAUUAAACCUCUACAUUGCCACUAUCUGUUUCUCUUCUGUAAGAGAAGCCAGUGUUUUUCCUCUUUUGUUUCUGAGUAACAUGGUCACGCGGCCAAAGACGAAGAGCCUCUGAGAAUGACCACAGUCUUUGGUCAUCCUGUUCUUUUCCUCUCUUUCAAGGGCACAGCGGUAUGGAGAUAUGAACAGAACAAAGGCUAGCUUGAGCAGCAGCGACAAUUCAAUCAGCAGAAAGAAGUAACUAAACUGAUGUUGUCACUUGCUUGGUACGCUAUGUUCCCACCAUAAUCUCACACACCUGCUAAACUGCCACGUAGACAGAGGUUGUAUUUUCCUAUAAAGGUUGAGACCCAACUCUUGCUUGUUGGGCUCUUAAUGCUUCACUGUUGAGUGGAUUGGUAACCAGCUCCAGAUUUGCAAAUCUUAUAAACUUUUUUUUUUAAGAAUCUGCAGUCUCUCUUCAUUUUGAUUAGAAUUUCCACAACAUUUCUUGGCGACGAGGAUGGGAUGGUUAACUCCGCUUGCUGAUCUUUCCCGGGGACACAGAGGUUAACUGCACAGGGGCUACAUUAGGCGUGGCUCAGGGAGCCCACACUCCACUCAAUGGUCCUGCCUGGGACCCAGCAUGGAGUGUCAGUCUGCGGAUACACCAUUCCGAACAGACAAAAUAACUUAAGGUUGAGACUGAUUUUCAUUCAAACAUCAUGGAAAAUCCUGUUCUGGCAACAGGUUGUGCAAAUUAAGUAUUUUUUGAAGCAAAGACACCCCUAGUUAGAAACGUUGUUGUAAUAGAGUUAUUCCUGAUAGGGGAAGUCCUAGAAUCCCAAUUUCUUUUAGAGUUAUCCCAUAUUUAAUUUUAAGAAAGGAAGACGUUCCUAACUAAAUACUGUUUUGUAUUGUGUGUUUGUUUUUGUUUGUCUCUAAGUGUAUGUGUAUAGAUGGAGUUUCACAAUGGGAGCCAAGAGCAGCAGGGGGGAACCGUCUGCCCGACCUGCUGACCGGACUGGUGAAUGUAAUGGUGGAUAAGUGGGGCAGGGACAUUCUGGUAGCAGACUUUCCCUUGAAAGGCACAUUAAGUUAAGUUUUGUUAGCAGAAUGUAGAAAGAAGUUACAGGACUUUGAAGAAACCAAGAAAGGCAAGGCAAGUAGAAUAGACUGAGAUGAUUUUAGGAAGUGGGAAAGAGAAGCAGAGAAGGACAGACAAUUUUUUUAAGGAAUAAUGGUGAAUGAUAAGAAAAGAAGGAGAAACAAUGACUUUGCACUUCCCUAUUAUACCCCUGUAUCCACUGCACCAGAACACGCCCUGGUUGUCCAACAGCAGCCCACUCAGCCACCUCCCCCGCCGCAGAUCUACCCCCAACAAGACCUGAUGCGACUGCAGGACCGUCAGACCCCUCAGAGGCAGCCCCAGAGCAGUAGGAACCCAUUCUACACACUGCCUACAGUGUAUCCCGUUUCACUGGAGGGGCUACAGGCAUAAAUUGGAGAACUGUUUCCGCAAACACAGUGGCAUCAGACCAACAACAGACAGUCAUUGAACACUGUAAACACGUUAAGAGGCAGCAACUGUCUCAAGAAGAUAAGACGAAACAGAGAAUGGAAAAGGAGGAAUGCACAGCUGGCAUUCUCAAGGACAGGGCCAGCAGCGGCAGGCUCAGGGAGGACCUCAAAACGAUGGACAGAGAGGAAAAGGAAGAGGAGGAGGGGAGACAGUGCUGAUGGACGGGCUGCAACCACUGGGUAGGAACUUUGCCUGCUAUAAAUGUGGAAAGAGUGGACAUUUUGCAAUAGACUGCAAGAACGGAUCAGGUGGGGCAGGGCGAGGGGGAGGUAACUGGAGAACAGGACCGCCACCGAAAACGACCCUUUACAACCCGCACAUAGACUGACGCGAGGUCGAGACAAUUGACACCCUUGUGAGGAGCCAAUGAUUCAUCUCUUCGUCAUUGAGACGUCAUUCCCUUUCCUCUCGUCCACCCCGUCCUGCCGGUCAUCGCCACUGUGACAGCUGCUACAGCCGGCGGUGUAAGGCCCCCGUGGUGAUCUCCGUGUCUUGUGUGCUCAUCCCCUGCCGCCUUUUGUGUGGAGCCCUGUUCCACAUGUGCAAAGAGGGGGAGCAUGCGCUCCUCUGCCCCAAUGAGAAGGUGCCAUGCCUCAACGCCGCCUUCGGCUGUCCAAUCAUCAUGCCCCGUUCCUGGCAGGCGGGCCACCUGCAGGUCUGUCCCGCCAGUGUGGUGUGCUGCUCAAUGGAGUGGAUCCGCUGGCCAGCCGAUGAAGCCUACGCAAACACACACCUCGACGUCCACGCACCCACACACACCCUGCAUGAGAACCUGCUGAAGGAGCAGAAGGCAGGAGAACAGUUGGACCUGGCCAUGGCCCUGGAUGAUCAGAGACACCUGUACGCCCGUAUGAAGAUGAAGACUCUCUACCCAGAGAUGAUAGAGAAGGUGGAGGGAGAGGAAGAGGAGAAGAAAGAAGAUAAGAAAAAGGAGAAGACAGAAGACUGGGCCACAGUGCAUCUAAGAAAUGGGGCCUCCACCCUCUGUACGGGUGCUGAUGAUGGGUGGAGUGAAGAUAGGCCAUAUCAUAUCCUAUCUGGCGUUCCAGAAACAGCAGUGACAGACCUUUCAGACUUUUCUUUGGAGAAGGAGGAGGGAGAUGUGGGUGUGGAGGAACCAGGGGGAGACAUCAGCUCUGACAGAUACAACAGGUAUGAGAGGAUGUUCAAUAUGGAUAAAGGAGGCUGUAAUGUGGACAGCAAAAACAGCCGGGGCAGAGCAGGGAAGGAGUGGAACCAUUGGAUGGAGUUGGAGCAGCAGUCGUGCAGAGAGAAGAAGGAGAGAAGAGAUGCAGAAGGGUUGAUGGGCGCUCUGCAAGCUCCAGAAGCUCCAGGGGGACCAAGGGGGACCGAGGCCAACCGUAAUGCCACAGGGAUUACAGGUAUGGCCCCGUGGCAGGACGGGGUCCUGCAGCGCAUGGCCAAGGAGGUCACCCCUCAGGAAUUCAACAUGUACCUGGUGCACCACGGACGCAUGCUGCUCACCUUUGGCCAGAUGGAUGCCUGCACACCACGGGAAAAAGACUUUGUCUAUGGAAACAUAGAGCCCAUCCCUGUUCAGUCACUGUACUCCUUCAAGGUUCCUGUCAGCUACCGUGAGAAGCAGCGUAGUGUCCACUACUAUGACGCAUCAGCCCGUGCUGAGAGUACCUGGGCCUGUGUGGAUACGUCUGACCUGGGGGCAUUAAAGGAGUCCUGGUGGACGGACGAGGCUGACAGCACACUACUGGGAUACGCAGAGAGAGAGGUCAUGGGGCAUCAGAUCAGUGAGGAGCGUGGACAGGACGGGCUUUAUGUGGACAUGGGGAUGCAGACCCACUCCUUCAAGACGGCACCGUUCAGACGAGACACGACGUUAGCAGACCUGACAAGGGACAGGCCUCUGAAGCUCAGCCUCCAGCUGCAUGCGGACAGCACCUCCAGCCGACACAACAAGGCUAGCUCCGCCUUCACCUUCCUCUGUGGACACUCCUUCCAACGAAGGGAAUUCCCCAAACACUUCAGGAACGUGCACACAGACAUUCAGACAUGUGCUAGUGGCUGGUUUGAGCAGAGGUGUCCCCUGGCCUACCUGGGCUGCACCUACAGCCAGAGAAGGUUAGAGCCUUUCAAACAACCUGCCACGGUCACCUACAACCAGGAACUGAGCAUCUUCAACCUCCGACCCACCAUCCCAGCUUCUCAAGGGGAGGGACCAGAGCCCCUUAAACCCUCCAAGUCACAGUCUGCUCCAGAACCUGUCCCAACCCCCAGGAGGAGGCGGUUGAGGGGAGAAGGGGACUGCGAUUCUCUGAGUGCUUUGCCAUCCGAGGUGCUGUGCCACAUGGCCAGCUUCCUGGACAGCCUGUCCCUGUCCCAACUAGCCCUUGUGUCCCGCCUCAUGAGAGAGGUGUGUUCCUCUCUGCUGCAGGACAGGGGGAUGGUGUCCCUCCUCUGGGAAAAGAAGACCUACAAGUCUGGUGUGGCCAAAUGGAAGGCCAAAACGGUGUGGGAGUUCAGUCAUCUGUUCUCUACAGUAGAUUUGUGGCGUUUUAUAGACAACGUGCCGUCCAUGUCGGAGCACUUGAAGGUUUGUCCCUACUACCAGACCUGGGUACCACCCCAGCCGGUGGCCCUGCCCAGCAUGAGUCACCUACAGGGGGGAACACAGGAGCAGGACAACCAGCAGAGACAGAGCCUGGUUGCUCAGUUCAUGGGCAACAGAUAGCAGGGAGAAAUAGUAUUCUGAUCCUACCUGACAGCCAGUGCUGGCUGGUGGCACUUCAAAUCUGAGGAUGGCUGACAAUAAUGGCUGGAAUGGAAUAAACGGAAUGGUUUCCAUGUGUUUGAUACAAUUCCAUCAACUCCAUUCAAGCCAUUAUUAUGAGCCAGCCUCCCCUCACCCGUCUCCUCUGCUGACAGUCCGCCCUUGAAGCAUGAAUAGAACAAAUAGAACAAACUAUGUGCCAGACAUUUUCAGUUACAGAGAAUUCAGUUAAAAAGUGUGUGUUUAUUACUAAAACCUUUAUUACUAAAAGGUUACUUGCUAUCUCACAGUUGGAUUUACCAGAAUCUCGAAGCAGCUCGAAGAACUAAUCACACACGUCUGUAGGAGACAGACAGGUUGAGUGACGAAUGAGGGACCUCCCCUCAUAUUAAAGAGCCAUUUGCUUAAUCUCUGAUCAUUCUCGAGCAUGCCGAACUUCCUCACACUCUUGCAAGUAGGGGAAUGUGGUGAGAUAUCUCACUCAUAAUAUCAGAGAACUGGGGUAAUGCAAGUAACCUUAAGUUAUUUUUCAAUUAUUAGUUUCAAUAUCUCACAAAAGCCACAAUCUCCAAGGUGAGACAAUUGUAUUGCCGCUGACCUUAUGUAUAAAGGCAGGGUUGGAUAAGAAGGUAACAUGGGCAAACUGUAGGCACGAAUGGUGAACUGACAGUGCAUCUAGUUCACUCACUCACUUUGCCAACAUAAGGGCACCAGUGAAGCAGUCUUAAAGGGGGCUUAUUUUCAUCAUGUCUGAGGCAUUUAUAGGAGAGUGUGAUGUGUUUCACACAUAAUUGCCCAAGAGGAAGGCAGGUCAGGGCUUAGCGCAAUGAAUGAUACACCCUAUGAUGGCUUUCGGUGAUUGAUGUUGGGGGGGGGGUCUAAAAAUACAUGUAGUCCUGCUUUGUGGCAUUUAGUGAAGGCUCUAUGUUAUACUGAUCAAACUACAGGUUUUUGUGAGUGUCGAUAUGGUUGUACUUGUUUGAUAGAGCAAUUGGAUGUCUUUCAGCGAUGUUCCAUUGGUGGGUUCAUUGCUAAAUAUACAAGCAAAUACAUUUUUUCCAGUCUCUGAAAGACUACAACUUGCAUUGGGCGGUGCAUCAUGCUGUAGCCCCCGUCCCUCCCCCAAGGCGGGCUGUUUUAAAAAGGAGAUGGACACUUACAACAAUCCUUUGGGCAAAACUGAAAGAACUGACCAGAUGCAAUCAAUAAAAUUUCAAAUAAAUGUAUUUAUAAAGCCCUUUUUACAUCAGCCGAUGUCACAAAGUGCUAUACAGAAACCCAGCCUAAAACCCCAAACAGCAAGCAAUGCAGAUGUAGAAGUACGGUGGCUCAUAACAA